UCUUCAAGACCUUUGCUCUACUUUCUUAACUGCUCUCUUUCUCUUCAAAUUUCUUUUCAAGAAAAAGAAUACUAGAAAUCCUCCCCCUCUCUUGCCUGCUAGCUAGCUACCUGAUCUUUCUUUUUCUAGUCUGUUUUUUGUGUCUUGUGUGUUUAUUUAUCCAUAUAGUUUCUUUGGAAGAAGUAAGUUUUUAGUCAGUGUUGAGCUAUUGAUAUGGAAGAAGCUGUUGUGGUUAACAAAGGAGAUGAUCAGAUUCAUCUGCCAGCGGGUUUUCGGUUCCAUCCAACAGAUGAAGAGAUCAUAAGUCAUUACCUUACAGAGAAGGUGAUGAAAAGUGGUUUCUGUGCAAUUGCUAUUGGUGAAGUUGAUCUCAAUAAGUGUGAACCAUGGGAUCUGCCGAAGAAAGCAAAGAUGGGAGAGAAUGAAUGGUAUUUCUUUUGCCAAAGAGAUAGGAAAUAUCCAACUGGUAUGAGAACUAACCGUGCGACUGAAUCUGGGUACUGGAAGGCUACAGGAAAAGAUAAGGAAAUUCACAAGGAAAAGAAUUGCCUUGUUGGAAUGAAGAAGACCCUUGUUUUCUACAGAGGGAGAGCUCCUAAAGGAGAGAAAACCAAUUGGGUUAUGCAUGAAUAUAGGCUUGAAGGCAAAUUCUCCUACUACAGCCUCCCCAAAGUAGCAAGGGAUGAAUGGGUUGUUUGUAGGAUUUUCCAUAAGAGCACAGGCAUGAAGAAAACUUCAAUUCAUGAUCUCCUAAGAAUGAACUCUUUGGGAGAUGAUUUCUUGGAUUGCUCCUCACUCCCACCUCUCAUGGACCCCCCUAAUUACACUAGCAGCUUCAGCGAUGCCGAUAACAAUGAGUUCAAGGCAAUGAUGACUUCAAGAUCCUCAGAUGGAAAUUGCUUCUCCAAUACUAGCAUGCUCAACAACAAUCAAGGCUUUGUUCAACCUCCAAAUACCAACUACCAAACACCAAACUCAAGUUUUCACCUUCAAACUCCAGCUUCAAACCCUCUUUACACCUUUCAAACCAAUCCCAAUAUGCCUGUUUACUUGCAGCAAGGAAAAAGUACCAAUUCAUUUCCAAACUUUCAAAACUCUACGUUUGGUAACAAUGGCCAAACCCUUCUGAGAGCAUUAGCUGCAGGAAAUAAUUAUGGAGAAGCAUCUGAUCAAUUGGGGAAACAGUGCAAGGUUGAACAGUUCUCAUCUAACCAAUCUAUGGUCAGCCUUUCACAGGACACUGGACUUAGCACAGACGUGAACACCACAACUGAGAUAUCCUCCGUCGUAUCGAAGCAAGAAAUAGGAAGCCACAAUGAGUUUUACGAAAGUCUUGAGGAUCCAUUAGCUGGUCCCAUUGCAGAUUACAUGUGGGAUUACUGAAGAUUAUAGAGAAUAUAUAUGUUCGCUUUGUUUAUUUGUUCUAUAGAUUCUUAGGAUAUAUAUAUAUGUAACCAGAAAAAAACAGAAGAAAAACCUCAGGAUACAUAAAUUUGCAACAGUUUUCUCUCCACUAGUUACGUAUCUUGAUUAGAGCUUGAAAAGUUUUCUUUGGAUUGAUAUAAAUACUUUGUAUAGAUUAAUUAGUUCAUGGUGUCCAUCCUUUUACGGAUUUCAUUUUUAUUUGAUUGGUAGACACCAAAGGAAUGAUGCCAUGAAUAUAUAUAAAAGCUUCAUGUACAUCUUUAUAUUAGUGCAUUAAUAUUCUUUCGGGUUUUCUUUA